GCCUGGUGUCACGUGACUCCGGGCUGCAGGACUUGCAGCAGCGCGAGCGGGGCUGAAGAAAGCGGCGUUGGAUGUUUUCGAGCUUUGUGAUGGUGAGCCUCGGCGUCAGUAGGUGAUGUGAUGUGAAGAGACGACGCUGCCCGAGUGUGUGUGUGUCUCUGUGUGUGUGUGAGUGUGUGAGGUGUGGCGAUGAAGCUAAACGAGCGGAGCGUGGUGCAGUACGCCACCUGUGGCGUUCCCCCGGAUAAAUCGGGCUUCCUGAUGAAGAAGAGCGAGCGCAGCGGGACGUUCCACCGGCGCUGGUGCGUUCUGAAAGCCAACCUGCUGUUCCUGUUCGAGGAGCGCGGGAGGCGCGAGCCGGUGGGCCUGGUGGUGCUGGAGGGCUGCACGGUGGAGCUGUGCGAGAGCGAGCGCGUUGACUUCGCCUUCGCCGUACGCUUCGGCACGAGCCACACGCACACGCUCGCCGCCGACACACAGGCCGAGAUGGAGGACUGGGCCAAGGCGUUAGCGCGCGCUAGCUUCCAGUACCUGCGCCUGGUGGUGCGUGAACUCGAGAAGCAGCUGGAGGAGGCACAGAAGAGGCACGAGGACAGAGCAGCAGGAGGUGGGGAGGAAAGUGCAGCGCUCCGUCCUGAUCCAGCCGGCAGGGAGAACGGAAUUUCCUGGAGCGAACCACCGCAAACCGACGAGCUCAUAAUUCCGGGACGAGACAACAGCGUCUCCUGGAACAAACCCACGGCUGCUAACGGGGUGGCCUGGGAGGGCGAGUGUGGCGUGAAGGCGCGUCCUCCACCCGUUCCUCCACGCAGGAAAAGCCCCCCUGAAGUGGGUGUGGCUCACGGAGGGGUAGGCGUGUCUCCCGGGACCACCUGCUUCUCCAAACUGCACGACUGGUACGGAAAGGAAGUGGCUCAGAUCCGCAGCGAGUGGCUGCAGAGUCAGUAGCAGGAGAGUGUGUUGGAGUCGGGGCGAUAAUCAGAGUCACGAUACAUCUCAGAUUUCAGAACUGUAGAGUUACUUGGGAAGAGGCGGGGCAAAUAAGACAAUAACACAGAGUCCUGAGUGACUCCCAGCCGAGCGUGUGAAGCUUUAACACCAGCAUGCGUUCAGAGGGGGGGGGCAGUCUGCUGAGACGAGGAGCUGAGUGUACGGAACAAAUAUACACUCAGUCUCUCCGUGUCUAAUCCAAAUCUCAGUCUCUCCGUGUCUAAUCCAACUUCCACCGUAGUAUUUUUACACUAAUUCCGAAAUAAGCGAGACUCUCAUAAAUGUCCACGUUCACCAUAGAAACACAUUUUUCACGAAUAAGAUUGGAAUUAAAACGUACUGAAACGACGUAAACGGAGAAACAGAGGCGUGACAUCGCCGUGUACGAGAGUCUAGACUGAAAGAUCGACAGGAAGUUACUGAACGUGAAUAAUUAACGUGUCCGUAUCGUCUCAGCAGACGUCUCGCCUUCUCGUUUAAGGGUACAGAGUUAACGACGUCGUCUCGGUGCUUCACCAUCCUGCCUUCUUCUUCUUCUUCUUCUUCUUCUUCUAAUCAUACUCUGUUACCAGGAGUUUUAUUACACUUUUAUACUCACUGUGUUUAAUCUUUAUACAUACAGAGGUCACUAAUACAUUUUAUACGGUUUUUAACGUUUACUACGUGUUGAAGGUGAUGUUAAGAUUUUAUCUUUAAACAGGACGUGAGGAGGACACCUCCGGAUAGCGUGCCAUUAUAUUUCAGUGCCUUUUAUUUCUCCGUGUUCGUUUCCACCGUACUCUGGAAAUAAAAAGCAGGAACUGACGAGUCUUCGGGGGGUCAGGGGCUUAAACCGUCGAGAAGCUACACAACACAACGGAUUCAGAGUAGAGCUGGUUCAGUACGAUACUGAAACCUUGAGUACUGACCGGGUACGAUACGAUACGAUACUGAAACCAUCAUUGAUUGCAAGCUUUAAACUGAGCAAAUUGUAAGUGAGGUGAUUUUAAAAUAACUGCUGAAACACGUGACGAGUCUACAGGAUAUAAAAUACGUCCCCGUCCACGCUGACCUCCGCAGAACGCUGGCUUUUAUCCACAUACAUUAAAAAAAAACCCCAAUGCGAUCACGUGCAGAAUGAAACAACUUCAAACGGCGGUAUCGUACACGUAUUAAUAUGAUAGAGUUAUAUUUGUUACACGACUCUAUCGGGUUUAUACGUUUUUAUCUCCGGUAUCUGAUCCGGUAUGAUUACAGUGUCCGUACUCUAACGGUAACAAAGUACUCAGAAACACUUUCACGCUCAACAGAUUCAUGUCCUUUAUAAAAUGGCCGCUCUGUCUGAAUGAUCGGCUCUGUGGUGCUGCACCAAUCAGUGAUGACCAGCGCUGUUAGCUCCGCCCCCGAGACCUGUUAGUUACCAUAGGCGCCCAUUUUUAAAAGGAACCAUAAAGAAAGAAAGAAAGAAAACGUCCAGCACGGGUGCUAAAAGUUUUGUUCCUUUGUGCGGUGGAAAUCCAGUUUUAUUUCAUAAUGUUUUGUUAAUAACGAUCCGUGUUUAGCGCUGUAGCAUGUGUGAGCGCGACGUUAGCGAGCUGGAGCUGGUCUUUAGCAGAAUGUAUUAGUUAUAUAUAUAUAUAUGUAUAAGUAUAUAACGGUAAUGGAAUUGUCGAGUGUGUACGUGUCACAUCCGUGUACUGUGAUGUACAGCGUUUACACUCGACAGCGAUGUCUGCGUUUCAGAAUGUCUGUCCUACGAGACAUAAACACGUUUUAUUUAGAAUAAAGAACGCGGUACUCGACGACAAACAAGCAAUCGACCUGUUGCACUUUUUUAUUUUGGGAGAAACAUUGAUACUGGGGUUUUACAGAGACUCCGUUUAUAUAUCAUAUCUAUAUCUAUAUCUGUGUACUCUACUACAUCUACUACAUCAUGUACCUCUACAUUUAACACUCUUUUAUUUAUCCACAUCCACAUUCACCAAGUGCAGCCUGAGCGCAGGAGUACCGAAGGAAUCGAACACUUUCCAUUUGAGGAAAACAAUCCAGACCUGGAGUGCCUGUUACCGUUCCGAAGUUCUUUUCCUGAAACAGCACAACGCGGCGUGUUCUAUUCCUCUGACACCACAGCAGUGACUCGCCUUUAUGUGUUACAGAACCACGGGUCUUACUUUACACCUCGAUUUUCUACAAAAACCGCUUUUCAUCACAGCAGCUAUAACCGUCGAUCCCUGACUGUCACAAUGCGCUGACACUGGAGACUCCUUCCUUAACUGUUAAAUAAAUACCCGCGUUUACACGGACAGCAGUAAUCUGAUUAUUGAGCUUACUCUGAGUAAGAUAAUAAUGUGAUUAAGGUGUUCACAUGAGUCGCUUUUAGAAUAUUCCUGUCAUGUUCCCGUUUUACAUGUUUUAGAUCAUAAUUAGAUUAACAGCCGCGUCAUUACGUCACCGCGUCACGCCGUCCGACGUCCCUCCAGAAUUUCACAUAUCAACAUACAGUUCGUCUCCGUUAUUGGACCGUGCAUAGUUUUGGGUGUUUUUAUUUAUUUUAUUUUUUUACGAACGCUUUAAGUGCGGUUAAUUAUUUGUCAUGCUGUACGUGCAAACAGACGACUGCUUGAAGCGGUGGGUGCGUCCCAAAUCGCAUACUUAUCGUCAAUAUAGUAGCCACAUUUAUUUCCUCUAAUUACAGGCCUAUAGCAGGUAAGUACGCGGUUUGGGACGCAGCCGUGCUCUCUUGUUCGCCGUCAAACGGUUGAGCGCUGCCGUGUGUGCACGUGUCCUGUCGCACAAUGCGGUGAAAACUCCCACACGACGUUAAUAGUGUGAUUAAGGUGUGUACGUGUCUGUAAUACACGUCCAUAAUGUGACUAAAACAGGAAAUACUCCACAUGUCUUAAUUCCAUUAGUGUUUACUUCGAGUAUGACUUUAAUCAGAUUAAGGUCAUCAAUAGUGUCUGAUUACAUGCUAGUGUCUUAAUCAGAGUAUCGUCUUAAUCGGAUUCAUAUCGGAUUAUCGUUGUCCGUGUAAACGCACCGAUUGUCUCCUUUCUUUAGGAAAACUUCACCACAUCAGCGCUUUUUAAAUGGUGGAACAUCCGCCGUACACGUCCCUGUGAACGAGGUGUUGCUAUGGAAACAAUAACGUAUUAGGACGAGCGCACUGAGAUAUAAAAACCUGCGCUGCUGUCAGAGCUGCUGGUAGAGAAUGAAUUCUAACUAGAUUAUCGUGAUUUUGAAGUGUUCACAGACAGAACCGUGGCUCUCUGUCAGGACUGAGACACUACAGAACCCUGGACACGGUACUGACCUGUCCUGAUUUCAGUAAGACUGUAACCCACGCUGCACGUUCUCUUGUGUCCCAGAUUAAAACUGUUGAUCUGUGCAGAAGAAAUUCCUGGGAAAUGUUUUAACACUCCGAGUCUGUAAUGUUUUUGUCCUGUUUCUGUGUCUAAUGAUUGUAUUGGCAAAUAAACCACUUCUUUUUUCCCAACAAGCGUCUGGUGAGAGUUUCACUGUAAAGUUCCUGAACUAAUCCGUGCCCGGGCUGUGAAAUAACUCAACGGCAGUGUGGUGUGAUGAAGCGGACGCGCUGUCACCACCGUGAAGGCGAUUAUUACCACAAACAAGCGUAAACUCCUCCGUCCUGAACGUGCCGGAAAACAUCACGUUACAGCUUCGCCUCCGACUGGCACUGGAGACUCCUUCUGUAAAUGACGUCAAAUAAACGUCGUCUUGUCUAAUCUAGGAAAACUUCGCAGUAUCAACCAUCUG